GACACCUGCUGGCUUCCCUGCUUUUCCCGGCAAAAACCAUCGAGUGGCUUCAUUCCAUGAAAAGCUAAACACCUCUACAUUGGCCGCAGUUUCCACCCCACCAAAAAUAGGCAGCUUCGCUUUUAGGCAAAGAGAAGUCCCAUAGAGGAGGAGGAUGGCCUCAGGGCAGGGGCUGCGUCCAGGCAAUGGCGACCCUGCUGAGGCCCAUUCACGACGGAUACUCCUCGAGAGCUCCAUCGUUCUGGAGGAAUUGCAGAGGCCCGGGGAGGCAACGCACCAUGCCGGCGGCUCGUUCGCUCGCUUGGGGCCUCGCGCCACUUCUGCCACGCCAUCUUUGCCGUCAAGGAUCAUUAAGAGGCUCGCCUCGGGGCUACAGCGGGAGGAGAGUGCGAAAAAGCCGUGGAAGAGGAUGGAGAGGACGGCGACGACUGCCGAACGCGGGCUCCGGAGCUUAAGGUUCCUCCAAAUGGUGUCGGAGGGGAAGGAAGGAGAAGAGUGGAAGGCUGUUGAGAAGCGGUUCUACCAGUGCGCUGCGAAUGGAAGGCUAUCCAGAGAGAACUUUGGACGCUGCAUAGGUAUGGACGAUUCGAAGGAUUUUGCAGCACAGCUCUUUGAUGCACUGGCAAGACGGAGGAACAUCAGUGCCGCAGAAGGAAUCACAAAAGAUGAACUUAGGCAGUUUUGGGAAGAAAUGGCAGAACAAAACUUUGAUUCUCGGCUUCAGAUAUUCUUUGACAUGUGUGACAAAAAUGGGGAUGGCAAGCUUUCAGAAGAAGAAGUUAGGGAGGUUAUUGAUUUGAGUGCCUCCACCAACAAGCUUGCAAAGCUCAAAGGAAACGCUGCAACGUAUGCAUCACUGAUCAUGGAGGAGCUAGACCCCGACCACCACGGCUACAUAGAGAUGUGGCAACUGGAAAUGUUAUUGCAAGGAAUGGUAGAAUCAGAAGGAAAUGCAAAACUCACCAAGCACAGCGAGAUGCUGGCAAAGUCCAUGAUACGAGAGAGAUACAGAAACCCAGUGACGAAAUUUCUAGGACUUGCUAGUGAUUUUGUACAAGAAAAUUGGAAACGGAUAUGGGUCAUCCUUCUCUGGCUCUCCUUGAACGCGAUACUGAUAGCAUGGAAGAUUUUCCAGUACAGAAGAAGAGCUGCAUUCCAAAUCAUGGGUUAUUGUGUCUGCGUAGCUAAGGCUGCAGCGGAGACCCUCAAGUUGAACAUGGCACUGAUACUGUUUCCUGUAUGUAGAAACAGCAUCACAUGGCUCAGAUCAACUAUCCUCAACUCAAUAAUUCCCUUUGAUGACAAUAUAAAUUUUCAUAAGGUCUUGGCAGUGGCAAUUGCAAUUGGAAGCACUGUCCAUACUGCUGCUCAUGUAACAUGUGACUUUCCUAGACUUAUCAAUUGUCCACCACAAAGAUUCAUGAGAUAUCUAGGACCUAGUUUCAAUUAUAAACAACCCACAUACCCAGAACUCUUAGCCAGUAUUCCCGGUGUUACCGGCGUCCUAAUGGUUUGCUUUAUGGCUUUCUCCUUCACAUUGGCAACACAUAGUUUCAGAAGAAAUGUCAUCAAGUUAUCAUGGCCGUUCCACCACUUAGCUGGAUUCAAUGCCUUCUGGUACGCCCAUCACCUACUGGUCCUUGUCUACAUUCUACUUGUCCUCCAUUCCAUCUUCCUUUUCCUAACAAAGGAAUGGUACAAAAAAACAACAUGGAUGUAUUUGGCAAUUCCACUCUUUAUUUAUGGCACAGAGAAACUAAUUAGAGCGUUUAGAGAAAGGCAGUUCCAUGUCAGCAUAAUUAAGGCUGCAAUCUAUCCAGGAAAUGUUCUCUCACUACAGAUGAGCAAGCCUCCAGGUUUCAAGUACAAGAGUGGCAUGUAUAUCUUCAUCAAAUGUCCUGAUGUCUCACCCUUCGAAUGGCACCCCUUCUCUAUCACUUCUGCGCCAGGGGAUGACUACUUGAGUGUCCAUAUUCGCACAUCGGGGGAUUGGACCACUGCACUAAAAAAGCUUUUCUCUAAGGUGUGUGAAGCACCAAAUACCACAAAAGGUCUGGCUAGACUUGAGACAACUAUAAUUGCUGAAGGUGAAUUAAUACGGUCUAGAGAAGUCCCAAGGUUGUUCAUAGAUGGACCUUAUGGUUCUCCUGCUCAGAACUACAAAAAGUAUGACAUUUUGUUGCUUAUUGGACUUGGUAUUGGAGCAACUCCAUUCAUCAGCAUUCUCAAGGAUCUCCUCAAUGAUAUCAAGACAAAAGAAGCCAUUCAUGAAAGUCAAGGAGGGUGUGAGAUGGCGGAUAUAUCCAGCGGAAGGUCAAGAGGAAUGGGAAGGGCAUAUUUCUACUGGGUUACAAGAGAGCAAGGAUCCUUUGAAUGGUUCAAAGGAGUCAUGAAUGAUGUUGCCGAGAUUGACCACGACAAUGUCAUAGAAAUGCACAACUAUUUAUCCAGUGUGUAUGAAGAAGGGGAUGCUCGGUCAGCGCUCAUCAGAAGGGUUCAGUCUCUGCAACAUGCAAGAAAUGGGGUUGACAUUGUAUCGGGAAGCAAGAUCAGAACACAUUUUGCAAGGCCGAACUGGAGAAAAGUGUUCGUUCAAAUAGCCGCUAACCACAAAACAUCUAAAAUAGGUGUUUUCUACUGUGGGAACCCAACACUGACAAGGACAUUGAGGAAGCUGUGCCAAGAGUUCAGUCACAGCACCACCACUCGCUUCCACUUUCACAAGGAGAACUUCUAGAUUGUAUUGCAUGAGGAACCAUAUGAAAUGUGAAGACCUACCCCACAAGGACGUGGUUAAAAGGACACCGAGACAUCCCACUGUAAUUUACUAUUAGAAUUGUCUCACAAGUGUGCAGGACUGCAGGUUAGAUUGCAGUGUCCUUGUCACAUAGGUAGAGAUGUACAAAAGUUUAGCUUUCUUACUCUUGUAGAAUAAAAAUUUUACUAUGCCAUGGCUCUUAAUACUA